AUGCGAGCCGCUAUCGUCUUCCUCGCUACGUUCAUUGCCCUGGCGGCAGCAGCACCGGAGAUGACCAUGGAGAAGCUUCAGGAGCGGGCGCUCUGUGAGUGCAAUGAAAACCGCUGCCGUGGCCCGAGUUGCUGUGCGAACGGAACGUGCUGA